AUGUGUACGUUCCUGGAUAUAACGGGGGUGUUCGACAACGUAAGCUGGACCCCGCUGCUUAGCCAGCUGGGGAAAAUUGGUGCCUCACUGAACACGACCCGAAUGACUGAGUCAUACUUGAAGAAUAGAUUUGCCCAACUGACGUUGAAAAAGGCAAAACAUGAAAAGAAGAUGGAGAGAGGCUGCCCUCAGGGAUCACAGCUAGGGCCUACCCUAUGGAAAGUUGCAAUGUCUGAACUGCUAGCUCUGCCGCAAGAACCUAAUAUCAAGGUCAUCGCUUACGCAGAUGACAUCGCCCUCCUGGUUGGGGCAGCCAAGCAUGACACAGUUGUGGCGAGAACGGAAAAAUAUCUAGAUAAGAUAAAGAGUUGGGCCAGCACAUACAACCUGUCCUUCUCCCCGACAAAGACUCAGGUCAUGUCGAUCAAGGGUGGAGUCAAACCGGGUUAUGAAGUAGGGUUCGGCACGGAUGUGGCCGGCCCUAGAAUUACAGCUGAUGGUACUGUUAAAUACUUUGGAGUAAUCCUGGACCCAAGAGAGGGGUACUGGGGUCACGUAGAAUCUCUGACCGAAAAAUCGAAGAGCCUGUACAGCAGGCUUAGGAACCUAGCCUCAGCAAACUGGGGCAUUAGCCAACUGACAUCAAGAACAACAUAUAAAGGGGUGUUCCUGCCCAGAGUUACGUACGCAUCUGAAAUAUGGGCGGAAGGUGCCAAACUGAAAAAGUCGAUCAAAAAACUUGGCAGCAUACAGAGGCCACCACUGCUAGCAAUGACCGCAGCAUACAGGACAUCGUCGACCAACUGCCUUUCGGUAGUGGCAGGCGUGCUACCACUUGACCUAGAGGUAGAGAAAAGCGUCCUUCAAAAGCAGUUAAAGAGAGGGGGCAUAACCCAGGAUCAGUUCAAAGACCAUGAGUCAAUCAUAUUCGCCAAAUGGCAGGAAAGAUACGAGACCACAGACAAAGGUGAGUGGACAAAGACCAUGAUCCCUAGCGUGCGAGAGCGGUAUAAGUUGCCCAUGCCGCUAGAUCAUUAUACAACACAGCUGCUAACAGGGCAUGGGAACUUUAAGUCCAAGCUGUUUAAGUUCAAACUUGUGGCAUCGCCCAACUGGGUUCCACGUCAUUUGGUCCGGUAA